GACAAAAAAAAAAAAAAAAGAAAGAAAGAAAUACACAAGACUUUUGAGCAUUAUAAGACAUUUAGCAUCCCUGGCCACCUCAAAGUUAAUAUCAGUAUUUCCUCACAGUUAUUUUCACAAUAAAAAAAAAACUUCCAUACAAUUCCAAGUGCCCUAUAUAAGGGAAAUAUCACCCUAACUGAGAACCACUAACAGUUCCUGGCACAUACAGGUGUUCCAUAAAAUUUCAUUGUAAGCGUAAGAACACCCCUCAAUGAAAUUACCUCAUGGCUCUGAAGAUUGUGAUGAAGGACAUGUCUCUCUAGGUCCCCUUGUAGGAAAGGGCUGGACAUGGUGUCUCUAAUUACUCUUGAAAUGUCUUUUACUUCUUAAGACUUCUUGGGUUUGUCCAAGUUUGCAGUUCACCAUCUCAGUGAUGGUCAUGAUUCAGCAGAUAAGGAGGCACUUGUGUAGAUUCGAAGGCAUCAGUCCCUAACCAUUGUGCAAAGACCUCUCCCUGAUUGUUGUAUUAACUGAUAGCUCUAAAUUCUUUGUCAGACCCUGUGAGGAAUCAGGCAGCUAGGGUCUAGUAUUCUAUUUGUAAAAAGGAAGCAGGAAAAGUAACUCAGCAUAAAACUCUGAGGUUGUAGUUUUCAACACUGGCAACAUAUUAGAGUCACUCGGGAAGCUUUUUAAAAAUAUGGAUGCCCAUGCCACAUCCCAGACCAGUUAGAUCAAAAUCUGAUGAUGGGAUCUGAAUAUAGUGUAUUUUUAAGAUCCCAGGUGAUUUUAAUGUAAAAACAGUGUUGAGAACCAUCAGUUUUAGAGAAAAGGGCUGAGCAGAUGAACAAAUAUGAUUUUAGAAGAUGAUUUCAAUGUGCUAUGGCAAAAAGAGCAUUGAUAGAUUGUGGAGUCAAAAGGACCUAGGUGAUAUUCCCGGCUUAGUUACAUAUCAUCUUUGUGAUCCUGGGUAAUUUACUUAUUUUCUCUGUGCUUCACUUUCUUCAUCUGUAAAACAGAAAUAAACAUAGUACAUGCUCCAUAAAGUUGUUGUAAGAAUAGCAUAAAAUUUUGUGAUUGGAUUUAGCACAGUUCCUUAUACUGACUAGCAGAAUAAAUCUUUUAAAAAUAUGUAGCAUGAAACUGUGACUUUUGAGCUAUACAAUAUACUUUCAGAAAAAUUGGAGAAAAUUUCAUUUCGGGCAGCAAAUGGCUGGGAGGACAUCAGACCUAAGAGGGGACACUCAUUUCAAGGAGGAUAGUAAAACCCUCCAUGUUCCCAGUUCCAUGACGAUGGACCCCCUGUCCCCAUUCACUGCAGACUGAUGAAAGGACAUUCCUCAUGAUCUGUCACCAGGACAAGUGACUCCUUUGUCAUGCCAUCAGCACAGUAAUACAAAAAGGGGAAACACAUUUGGGUAUCAUCAAGACUGUUCCUCACGUCCUGAAAUGCAUGGCACAGAUGGAGAAACAUCAGAAAACUCACUCACUUCUACAUCACAAGGAAGGAAAUGCCUUCAGCUAGGCAUAAAUCCAGAGCCUUCACCAUUUAGAGGACUAGUUUACUCCAUUGCCCCCAUCAAAUAGUAAGGGCUGGUGCAGUGUUCACUGGAAAACACCUUGGAGAAAAAAAAAAAAAAUCAGGACUGCACUGAUGCCAUUGCUGGAAUCUUUAUAUUAGGCACUUUGCAGCACCAUCAGAAUUUUGCUUCUAGCCACUGAGAGAUCUUUGGACUUUGAGAAAUUGAUAGUGUGCAGGGAUGAUCACCUAGAAAGCAUUGCAUCUACGUUAUUCAAAUGUCUACAGGCAGUGACAACAGAUAAAGACAUCCCCAUUAAUAUAUAACAACAUGGGAACAAGAUACAGGUCUCUAGAUGAAAACAUUUGGGCACCAAUUUGGUCUGCUGGCACAUUACUUCAUUCGUCCCUGAGCAUUAAUGAGUUAGCCUUUAAGUUGUUAUCCCAUAACCUCUAUUUCAGCAAAGGCUGCAGUCGUAAUGAACAAAAAUGGCUCAUUUUACCCUAUGCGGUACGAUGUCCCAAGAUAAUUAAAUUUGGGGACAGCAUUCUUCAAUACGCAGAGUCAGCCCAUCAUGCCAUAGCAGAAGCUCAUAAAGUGGUUCAAAUAUCACCUAAUGUACCACAAUUUAACUUGAAGAAAAAGAAUAAUUUCUCCUUUAAAUGGCUACAAAAAUCUGCACAGCCAAGCAACAGAAUUAAACCAAUCUGCCCACAAGAGACAUGUCUACAAAGUCUAAUUUUUAAACAAUUUUCUUGCUUUAAAAUCAAUAGCUCUAGCCCUUAAAAUGCAUAAUAACGUGGUAUUUUCCAUAGAAUCUGCUAAUGAGCCAGCACUAAAGGAGAUAUAAGCUGCUUUUGCCUUCCAAAUUUGAGACUUGUGCAUGUGUGUGAGCACACUCACACCUGUGCAUGUAUUGGGGAGUGGGAGUGGAGUGUUGUAUGUAGAGAAUAUUAUUAACUUACUAUUGAUUUUAUAUUCCUAGCUCCUAGCACAAUGAAAAGUACAUGAUACAUAUUUAAUAAACAUUUAUCGAAUAAAAAAAAAAUAAAACACAUGCAUAGAACCGAGUCUUCCACAACUCAGAUCUUGUCUGAUUAAAAAAUGAAACAGUAUGGUACAAGGCAGCUGGCUGCCAUAUACAUCUCAGGUACAAGAGUAUUUUAUUAAAACACUGAGUGGCCUUCAGAGAAUUUACUGACCACGUAAAAACUAAUAAUUCUUUGAUGUGAAAAAUAAUUUAUAGUUUAUAAUCAGAGGCGUUUGCUGUGGAGUAAACAAGGUAAUAGGACAGAUCAUAAAAUGAGAAAUAUGUCCUUACUACCAUCUUCUGUAUUGGUCAUUUAUUCCUAAUUCCUAGAAUCCAUAUGUUUGGGAAAACAACUGGUAUUUUAAUUGUGGCUUAGAAUUUUUCAGGUGAAUAAGAAUGUAUUUUAGGUAAAAGAUGACAACACAAUAUAUCUCAUAGUCAAUUUGAUUCUUCCAACUGUUCCCAGAACAUCUCAGUGGUGACUCCAGAUCCCCAAACUCUCAGCAUGAGUCAGUGAAAACACUCUAAUGGGAAUGGCUCUGCUUACUGCUCCAGCCGUCUUGAACGUCCCUGAAGCUCAGCCCUUGAGCUUACUUUCCUCAGCAUCUCAGGAGACCAGUCAAGAAGACAGAUACUUUUGCUGUAUUAAUGAUUCUGCCAAUUACACAGACAUGGCUAAGCCUGGAGGGGGAAGUAGGGAGGGAAAUAUAACUUGGACCUUAGUUCUAGAGGCUUUAUUACCAUAAGCCCACAAACUUAUCUGCGCCUGCCAAGGGAACAUCUGGAAAAAGCCCAACCAGUGAUGCUGGCCUGAAGCAUUUUCAAUGAAUACGGAAACAGAAAAGUGGCUGGUGAAUAUUUGUGACUUCUAGAGACAUUCAAAGGAUAAAGGUGGGUGAUCAAAAGACAGCGAUGCUGUAGAAGAAAGUUUGAAUGUUCCAUAUAUUCACAUUCCUAGUCAACUUGUACUUGUGCCAUUCUUUCAAACGGAGACUGAAGCUCUACGUAGAAUUUAGGAGACCUCAGUUCUAUUGCUGACAAUGUCACUGAGCAUUUGAGUGUACUCUGGAUCUUUGUAUGGCCAGCUUCUCUCCAUUCAGAUUCUAGCUCCUAACAUCAACUCCUCAGAGAGGCUUUCCUUUGCACUCUACCUAAUGCUGCCUCUCCAAACCCUGAGCUCUCUCUAUUCUAUUGGUGUGUUUUAUUUUACUUAUGAUUUUAUCAAUCAAAAAUAUUUAUGUAUUUUUCGUUGGUUGUCCAUCUCUUCCUUUAGAUUUUAAAGUCCAUGAGAGUACGCCUAGUACCUACCGCCUUGCCUGGUACACACCAAGCAUCCAAUGAAUAUUAGUUGAGAACAUGAAUGUCCAAGAACAAAGUACAUAAGUUUUUUGUGGCUUGAAUUCACCUCUAAAAUUAAGAGAAACCAUCUUGAUUAUUUCUAUGAUUAGCAUGAUAACAAAGAAAGGAUGGAUUUGCAAAUCCCUUGAAAAAUAUUUAACAAUCUAUAAUUGUAUGACUAGAUUUAGAAAAGACAGCAUGGAUACAAUAACAUUAGAAUAUUGCCGAACCAUAUUUUAAUGUAGAUUCUGCCACCUAACAGCUAUGAGAUCUUGAGCAAGGCUUUGAAAUGUUCUGAGCCUCAGUUACCUGGUGUGUAAGGUGUAAAUAAUAAUAGUAGUUACUUGCUAAGGUGGUUAAGGAGAUUAAAUACAAUGAUUUGUGUCAAUCACCCAGUAUAAUGUGUGGCAUUUGUUAUCUACUUAUUAAAGGUAUCUAUUAAUAUAUUCCGGAUAACAUUUAAAAUGUUAACAACCAGCACUAUGUACUGAGGAAUUUCAGUUCCUAAAGAUGGCCAUAGAGGUGACAUAAAGCAGGCAGCCACAACCUCAGAGGGACAAAAAGGCAGCAGGCAUUUAUUUAUAGGUUGCGGGAGACUAAUCUAACUUUCUCUUCCAGAGUCUGACUUGGAGCCCACAAGAAGAUGGAAGCCAGUGUUGUGAAAGCCAAGGUGGGCUGGCAGCUGUCAGGGAAGCACCCAGGGAGGAGGGGGCUCUAGAACAGCAGUUUUCACAAUGAUCAUAAAGCUAUUUUUUGGCUACGCCCAGCAUGGGGAAGUUGCCUGGGCAGAGAUUGAACCCACACCACAAGCAGCAACCCAAGUUGCUGCAGUGAGAAUGCUGGAUCUUUAAUCCACUGAGCCACCAGCAAACUCAUAGAACUUAUUUAAAGUUUGACCUGUCUAUUCCAGUGCAUGCUUUCUGAGUAUUCACCGUAACUCUAUUUAAUUACUGUACAAAUAAUUUUCCUAGAGACUGUCACUGGAUAUUUGCAGCAAUCUUGUGAGUUCAGAAGAGCAUGUAUUUUUGUGCCUAUUUUAUAGAUGAAGCUAGUAUGACCCAGAAAGAAUUACCAAAUGCUAUGGAGCAUUUGGAGCAUUUGAAAUUGGAACUCAAACCCAGGCAUUCUGACUCUAAAUCCAGGGAUAUCAAUUCUCUGUUCAGUGCCAUAGUUUGUCCUUCGCUAUCCCAACUCUUAACAAGAAAAAUAUUAUCAAAAUAAAGUACAGUUAGAUAUUGUCAAUCUCCCUGAUUAAGAGAAAGGUUGUCAAAAUGUGACUUCCUAAGGAACUGUGGGUGAAGCAGCUCCCUGUUUUCUGUGUUCUGAUAAGGACAUGGAUUCCAUGUUUCUGAAAGGAGAGGUCAGAGGCUGUUACGCCCUCCAAGUGGAAGGCAUACUGUAGAAAGGACAACUGGGUUUGAGUUCCAGCACUUAGAUUAAGCCCGAGGGCAACUUUGGGCAAUUUCCUUCCCCUUUUGAUGCCGUACGUUCUGGAUUUCUCCCUCUUGAAAACAGCAUUAGAUGAGAGUAAUAUAUCACCCUUUUACUGCCUCAACAGGCUGGAGAAUCACAACACAGUGAUUAGUAACAAGAGCUCAGUUAGGAAAUAAUUCUUAGCAAGGAGCAAGUGGCAGAAUCUAAAGGGGCUUCUGUGCAGUUUGAACAGACAAACUAGGAGAUUCCCAAUCAUAAUAAAAGCUAAUAUUUACCACAUGCUUAGCAUGGACCAGGCACUUUGCUAAGUGCUUUACAUAAAUUAUUCCAUCUUCACAGUAAAUUAGUGGAGUGGAGUAAGAAUAUUUUGGUACACUCAGGGUAAAGAUGAGGAAACUGAAGUUCAGACAGGUUACGUAGCAUGCCCAAGUUCACACAGCUAGUAAAUAAUAGAAUGGGAUUCUAACCCACAUGUAAUUGACCCUGGAGUUUGCCCUUUUACCCCUAUAUGAUAUUGUUUUAUAUUCUCCCUCCCCUCAUCCGCUGCUGUCUCUCAAACACACAGCUGAGGUGUGGAGAGUCUCUCCCAUGUCUAAGAUUUGUGUCCUUGACUUUAUGCCCAGGCUAAACUUUAGCUGAGGACAAGUUCAUUGCUGGGAAGAAGGAUGUGGAAGGAGGAAGGCAAUUAGGAUUCACUGAGACCCACUCUUCUUCCCAUACGUUGCUAAAUACUUUACAGAUACCUACCAUCACCUUUAGCCUUACAACCAGUCUUAUAGGAUUGGUAUUUUAUCCUUGUUUACAAGGAAGACUCAAAGAGGUUAAGACAUUCGGCCAAGGUCACAGAGACAAUACGUGGCAAAAGCUGAGAUUCAGACCCAUUCUUCUGAUUCCAUAUUCAAUCCUCAUGCCUUUAAACCUUGUAUCCAAUUGGGCUGGAAGUUAACAAGAAAUAGGUAAGCCAGAAUGUCAUGUGCUAGGUCACCAGGACCAGACCCUGCAGGUGUGUGUUUAAGGAUUUGAACUGUACAUGUCUCACUAUUGUCAUGCAUAUCCCUUCUGCAGACCUGCAGUGGCGCAAUGGGAGCAGGCAAUACCAGUGAGUUGCGCAAAUUCUUCCUCGUGGGCCUCACCGAUGAUCCUCAGCUUCAGCCCAUCCUCUUUGCCCUCUUCUUCUCCAUCUAUGCGGUCACAGUGGUUGGAAACCUGGGCCUCCUUGUUCUCAUUACAGUCAACUCCCAACUCCAUACUCCCAUGUAUUUCUUCCUCAGCAACCUGUCCUUUCUUGAUUUCUGUUAUUCUUCAGUCACGGUCCCCAAAAUGUUGAUGGGGUUUUUCUCCGGUUGUCAAAGCAUCUCCUUCUCUGGCUGUGUGGUCCAGACAAGCUGCUUUUUGAUCUUUGCUGUCACCGAGUUCUUCCUCCUGGCAUCCAUGGCCUAUGACCGUUACGUGGCCAUCUGCAGUCCUUUGCUCUACCAUACCAUCAUGUCCCCAAGGCUUUGUUUGCAGCUAGUGGCUGCUAGCUAUGCAGUGGGCCUAAUGAACAUGGUGCUUCUCACUAGCACAACUUUUCGUCUGACCUUCUGUAAGUCCCAUGUUAUCACUCAUUACUUCUGUGACAUUCCUCCCCUUUUAAAACUUUCCUGCUCUGACACACAGAUCCUUCAACUUCUUCUCUUUGCCUGUGGUAGUUUUAAUGUGUCUGUGUCCCUGGCAAUAGUCCUGGCCUCCUACACAUGUGUCUUCUUGGCUAUCAUCCGAAUCCCCUCAGCCCAGGGCAAACACAAGACAUUCUCCACCUGUGCAUCCCACCUGACGGCUGUCAGCCUGUACUAUGGGACCACAGUGUUCAUUUACUUGCGUCCUACCUCUGAGUACCUACUAGGCAGGGACAGGCUGGUGUCUGUAUUCUACACAGUGGUCAUCCCCAUGCUCAACCCCAUGAUCUACAGUCUGAGGAACAAAGAUGUCAAGGAAACAUUUGGCAAUGCUCUCAAGAAGAUGUCACAAUUCUUCUCUCUCCGUACAGCCAGAUUGCUCUGAUAGUCAGUGCAGGAAAGGAAGGACAGAGAAGGGAAGGAGAGGUAGGUGAUAUAUUUUUGGCCACCAAUUAUUUCUCAUGCAUUAUUCCAGGAAUCUUAAAUAGACUAGGCCUUCAAUCCUCUCUACAACUCUGGAGGUCAUGUAUUGUUAUCUUAAUUUUACGGAUGAGGAAACCGAGGCCCUGAGAAGUUUCAGUGAUUUGUCCAAGGUCAGAUAGCUUGAAUGUAGUGGAACUUAAACGUCAAUUCAGAACUGUCUAACCCUGAAACUGCCUUUUUACUACAUUGCAUUGUUUAUGUACAAGUCAAGACGCCACCCUCUCUCUUAACCCUCAGAGUCUAAGGUUUCUGAAUUUUUUUUCCCUUUUUGGUAAAUCUGGUCUCUAAAAUUUAUAAUAGAUUCAGUCCCUUAAGACUCCCUCCCUUUCCCAUAGCCAAUUCUUUACCUGUGGCUUUGUAUCAAGCUUUAUUUUAAUCAGGUCAUUAAAUUAACUCAAUACUUGUUGUAUACACAGCCCUCUACCAGAUGCAGGGGUAGAGAGUGAUAAAAAGGAAGGAAGUUAUGGCCACUAACUUUUGGUAUGUUUCAAUUCAUUUAGGGAAGACAGAAGAUCCCACCCAAGUGACAAAUGGACUAUGACUUUUCAUUUCAAUUGACAUUUAUUGAGGUCUAUGCAGUAAAUGUCAAAUCAUUUACCUCAUAAUCAUCCUACAAACUCUGUGAUGUAGGUACUAUUGUUGCUCCCAUUUUACAGAUGAGAAUAAUCAAUAUAGCUAAAAAGGGUUAAGUAACUCACUCAAAGUAACACAGGUAAUGAAUGGUGAACACAGAAUUUGAAUCCAGGUCUGUUUGGCCAAAGAGCUUAUAUUAUUUCCCUUCUGCUAUGUCAGCUCCUGGAUUACUGGGCUGCCUAUCAGUAAGCACCAAGGGAUACAAAUUGUAAGGCUGGGAUUCAGUGCAAAGGAAGUAGGAUGAAUUGGAUUCAUAAGAGAGCCUCUAGGAAAAGAUAGAUGGUUUGAAUAAAAUCUAUAAAGAGUGAAGAGUGGUAGUAAUAGAUGAGUAGUGAAGGGAAUGAGAGGUACUGGGGAUCAAAGUCUGAGAUAAAAGAAUCUAGAUGCAUAAAGGUCUGGUUUGGCUGGAUCAAGGUAGAAGUCAAAUUUAGAAGCAAAGGCCAUUGACAAAAUAGUGAGAUGGUUGAGUAGGGCCGAUAUACCUUCUUUGUAGGUCUUACUAGCAUCUAAAUAAUUCCUUACUUCCGUAUGUGGGAAAGUUCUAAAUAGAGCUCUGAUUUCCCUAAUUUGACCCAAGAUGGCUUUGAGUGUGUAGCUACUUACAGUUGUGUUAAGAAAUCAUGUUUUAUGGAGGCCAAGACUGCCAUAAAACCUUAUUCUCUGUCUACAGUCCAUGCCACCCAGAUUACUCAGACAACCAGCAAAUGGGAGGCCUUGGUCACAAGAAGCUAUCAUGGAAUUACUUCCUGACUCAAAACUUGUGGUCAAGUUAGAGUAGGAAAGCUCAAACAAGUGUGAUAUAGUGAAGUUGCUUCAAAUCUAAAGGCAGCCAGACCUAAAGGAGGAACUUGCUUUCUGACACCUUCCUUAUUGAGAGUUCCUCCACCCUAGAAAAGGCUUUUCUCUAUUUUAUCCUUUUUUUUUUUUUUUUUAGGCUAUUGCAGUAGUCUGAUAACCGGUCUCACUGCUUCCUGGCUUGCUCUGACCAGUUUAUCCUCCACACUGCUGCCCGAUGAUUAUUCUAAGCAGAAGUCUGUCUGUAUCCACUGUUCUCCUUUAAACUCUUCACUGGCUCUUCGUUGUCCUCACAAUAAAGUCCAAUCCGUUAACUUACAGGUCCUUCAUAAUCAAAACCUGACCUCUCAAACCAUAUUUCUCACAAUCCCUCUUCCCCUCCCACUUCAUAUACUCCCCUUUCUACUUACUAUUUUCUUCAUUCACAGUGCCUUCACUUUUCAUCAGUGACAGAUCUUGCCUCUAUUUCUGAUCAUGAUCUUCCUCCUGAGCUGACCAAAAGUGUUCACCCCUUCCUGGGAACUUUAGAACCAAUGAUUACAGUAUCCAAUCAUCCUAUAAUCCUAUGCUGCCUUAUUCCGUUCCACUUAUAUUCAUAUCUUGCUUCCUCUACCAUAUUGUGUCCUUUGUAGGGGAAGACCAAGGUGUCUCAUAGCUAUGUAACCACUUAGUGCCUGGAACCAAGAUGGCAUUAAUGAAAUGUUGUUCGUGGGAAGAAUAAGAACUUUUCAUGUACUAUGUCUUUGGGCUUUGGUGUGGGCAUUUGUGUCUACUUCUGAACCCUCCGAGAAGCCAGAGGUGUGUUACUAAUUCACCCCCUCUUUUCUUUUUCAAUAUUCUAUGUCCUUUCCCGCAUUUACUUCCAGUUUGACCUUUUCUUAUACCUCUGUCCCCUCUGCCAGCAUUUGCAAAUACAUUGCUCUGUAUUGAUUUGAUCUAUAUGUGUUGUAUUCCCAACUAGAUUAAUGUUCUUUGAGGAAAUGGAUCACCUCUGUGUUUGGCUUUCCUGGUAAUUGUGAGCUGUGCAAAACAAGUGCCCAUUGGGUAAACAGAUAUGUGCCUGUAUUUAUGUGGCGCUCAAAGAAGAGCUGAGAUAACUAAAUGUGAGUUUAACAAGGGAAUAGGGAGCUAGCAUUUAUUGUGAACCUACUAAAUCCCAGACAUAAUGAUAAGUCCUCAGAUUAUCUCAUUUAAUCAUCACAAAAAACUGAGUUAAAUUUUUUAAUUAAGAUUUUAUUCUUUAGAGCUGUUUUAGGUGCACAGCAAAAUUGAAGUAAAGGUACAGAGAGUCCCCAUACCUCGUUUGCCCUUGUAUAUGCAUUACUUCCCCCAUUACCAACAUUCCCCACCAGAGUGGUACAUUUGUUUCAAUUGAUGAACCUGUGUGGAUGCAUCAUAAUCACUCAAAGUUCAUAGUUUACAGUAGGGUCAUUCUUGGUGUUGUAUAGCCAAUGUGUUCAACAAUGUGAUUUUUUUUUUUUUUUUGCUUUAUUUUAGGGCU